GUUGCUUCCUUUGAAGGUUCUUGCUUUUAGUUUUUUUGGGGGUUGUUUUAAUCUGCACACUGUCCAAAGACUGCUAGUUUCUUGAUUUUAGUUUAAAAAUCAAGUCCUUCUUUUUUCUUUUUCAAGAAAAGGGGUUAUCUUUUUAUGUGAUUCUUGAUUUUUAGAUCUUUUGGGUGUUUGAAGUUUUGGAGGCAUAUUUUGGUUUUAAAUUCUUCUACUUUUAUUAGGAAGUUAAAGGAAGAAGCGUUGCUUAUGAGGGUUCAAGUGUUUGCUAGGAUCAAAUAUUCAUAUUGUAACAUGAGAAGAUAGUAUUGACUUUUUGAGUGAUGGGGGCAGAGUUGUUAUUUGCAAGUAAUUUGUAGGAUCAAAGGGUUGAGUUGAGGAUGAGGCAUUCAGGGAUAAUCUGAUUGAGAAUUUUGCAACCAUGAGUUGCAGUGAGAAGAGUAGAGAAAGAGAAGAGGAAGAAACUCCUGUUGGUAGUGUACAGAAAUACGUUGAAGGCGUAUCACGAAAUGGAUCAUCAGUAGUACCCUCAAAUCAAUUAUCUAUUGAUGAGAGAGUGUUGGUGGAUCCAAAACAACUCUUUAUUGGAACCAAAAUUGGUGAGGGGGCUCAUGGAAAAGUUUAUGAAGGAAGGUAUGGUGAUCAAAUUGUUGCGAUAAAAGUUCUAAAUGGCGGUAAAACCUCGGAAGAAAGAGCUUCACUUGGAAGCCGUUUUGUUCGGGAAGUUGUUAUGAUGUCAAGAGUAAAACAUGAGAAUCUUGUAAAAUUUAUUGGAGCUUGCAAGGAUCCUUUGAUGGUUAUAGUGACAGAGCUGCUUCCUGGAAUGUCCCUUCGGAAGUACUUAGUCAGCAUUCGUCCAGAAGUGCUUGAUCUUCAUGUCGCCUUAAGUUAUGCGCUUGACAUUGCUCGGGCCAUGGAAUGUUUACAUGCCAAUGGCAUUAUACAUAGAGAUCUAAAACCUGACAAUUUGUUGCUCACGGCCAAUCAGAAGUCUGUGAAGCUUGCAGAUUUUGGGCUAGCUAGGGAAGAGACCCUCACUGAGAUGAUGACGGCAGAAACUGGGACAUACCGGUGGAUGGCACCUGAGGUUUGUAUCUAAUUUAGCCACUUGUUA